UCCUCCCGGAUGAGCGUCCUCUGUCCCCUCGUCCCCCCGACUCUCCGGCGCUGUGUCCCCGCGGAGCCAUGAACCCGGCGGUGGUGAAGAAGACCCAGGACUCUCUGGGCAAAGUCCUGAAGAAGCCUCCGCUCACCGAGAAGCUGCUGAGCAAACCUCCGUUCCGCUACCUGCACGACAUCCUCAGCGAGGUCAUCCGGGCCACUGGUUUUAUGAAAGGCCUGUAUGGAGAGAAUGACAUGAAGUCAGACAAUGUGAAGGAUAAAGACUCCAAGAUAGCCUUCCUCCAGAAAGCCAUAGAUGUCGUGAUGCUGGUGAGUGGCGAGGCCCUGGCAGCAAAGCCAGCGCGCAUUGUGGCUGGUCACGAGCCCGAGAAAACCAAUGAGCUGCUGCAGGCCAUCGCCAAGUGCUGCCUCAACAAGAUGCCAAGUGAUGAUGCAGUGAAGCGAGUUCUUGGUGGAGAGAAGGUGGAUUUGAAGACUAAAGCCAGCACCUCCAGGUCCCAGGACAAGGAGAACAGGGAAGAACGUGAACGUCACCAAGAUAGAGAGGAAAAGAAAAAGAUUUCAAAGCACAAGGGUGGAGGGGACCAUAAAGACCCAGACCAGCCCAAAGAGCAGGAGAGUCAACAGAGAGACGGGGAGAAGGAGCAGCACGCAGACAGAGACAAACACCAGCGCAGUGAACAGGAACACGGCAAAGAGCGUGACAAGGACAAGAGCCGGGACCGCGAGCGAGACAAGGACAGAGACAAAGGACGAGUUAAAGACAGGGACAGGGGGAAGGACAGAGAGAGGGAUCGAGAAAGGGAAAAGGACAAGGAGAGGGGUAAAGAGCGAGAAAAGACAAAGGAGAGGGACUCCAAUAGGGACUUGGAAAAAGACAAGGAAAAACGAAGAGACAAAGAGCGGGAGAAAGAGAGAGGACGACAUAAAGAGAAGGAAGAGAGCAACAAAACUGUGAAUGGAGAUAACAAGUCCAGAGAAUCAGAGGAAACAACGAGCCCAGAAGAGCCCAGACAAGCAGCCAAACCCGAACCUGCUCCUGCAGAAGCAGUUGAAAACCAGUCCGACAGUCCGGCUAGAAUACCCCGGCCUUCAUCUGCUAAAGGGCAGAGGCGGAGACCUAAAAUCGGAGAUCAAGAUGAAUCUGACAGCGAGGGAGACGCAGAUGCUCAAUUAACCCAGAGACCUGUUCCUCAGGAAAAUGGAGACGCAGCCGGCUCCUCGGUGCCACUUGACACAGCUUCCAGCAACAGACGAAUACCUCGGCCGGGCAGUGCUCGCCCUGCACCUCCUCGAGUCAGGAGACAGGAAAGUCACCCUGAUGUGACCUCGGCUGAGAGACUGUCCAGUGCCAAGCCUUCAGCACCUGUCAUCAUGGAUGGGAAGAAGCUGUCUGAGGAUGAGGAGGAUGAAGAUGAACAAUUUGUCGUUGAGGAGGUGGUCCCUCGACUCUCAGACGCCCCUGAGCUGGAGGUGGAUCCUGCGCAGGAACUACACAGUGAAGAGAAACACGGUGGUCUUGUGAAAAAGAUAAUCGAGACCAAGAAAGACUAUGAAUUGUCACCAUCCUCCCCAAAAUCUAAAGAGCAGAGCUGGGUGUCCGAAGCGUCGCGGAAGAAAGAGCGGGACGUGGUGACGAAGGAGAUCGAGCGGCUGCGCUCUUCCAUCCAGACGGUGUGCCGCAGCUCGCUGCCUCUGGGGAAGAUCAUGGACUACAUCCAGGAGGACAUGGACGCCAUGCAGGCGGAGCUGAGCACCUGGCGCCUGGAGAACAAGGAGCACGCUCAGGCCUUGGUGCAGGAGCAGAAAGCGACAGACCGCGCCGUGGAGCCUCUCAAAGCCGAACUGGUCGAGCUGGAGCAGCUGAUCAAGGACCAGCAGGACAAGAUUUGUGCUGUAAAGUCCAACAUACUGAAGAACGAGGAGAAGAUCCACAAGAUGGUGACGGGAAUGAAUUCCUCUUCCAGAACCUGAAUGUCACUAACUUCUUUAAAUGCACUGACGACUUGUGUAGGUACGAACACUUCACCCUUCAGAAUCAUGGCCAGGACGUUUUUCUUGGAGGUUAAUGUUGGACGGGACCAAACUCUGCACUUUUAUGACUCUUUUUUGAGGAUGGACCCAGACACAUACCUACACAACCAGGGUGGGAAACAAACUUCAUUCGUUGGUAAAUAAAAAAAGACGUCAUGUGUUGGUUUAGAGGUCAGACUCUAUUCUAACAUGUGAUUAAAUGGAACAAGCUGGUGGUAAAGUCAGAAGUUCACUAGCUGCUUAUCAUAGAAUAAAUAAAUAAAUAAAUAAAACGAUCUUCCUUCUCCCAACCUCAACUUGUCCCCCUGCUCUGAAACGGUGCCUUUCUGGAUUGAGCUUAUGACAGUUACAAUAGAUAGUUGUGUUUAAUGCUUGAUUUUACCACACGUUCAAAUAUCAUUCGAUUUAAAAAUGUAUUUCCUUCUUCUUCUUUCAGUACUGAGUAAAUAUAUAGAACACAGGAGGAAAAUUCAAUUGAAUUAUCUCUUUCUUUCAUAUAGAAAUCAUAUUUUUUUAUGUGGAGGGUCAUGACUGUGGUACCGUCCUUGUUUUGAGUUUGUCCAGCGGUCUUUUCCAUCUCCCCUUUGUUUAACACAACCUUUCAAACUCUUCAUGUUGUUAAAAACUCAAAGUUCACUUGUUAUUUCAUUCACUCUUCCACUUGUUACGCACCGUGGCACUUUGAUGAUGAGGGGGAUCAGGUUAGAAAAACCAUUUUGGCAGCACAACAGUGUUAAAUUCCUUUCCUCUCACAUUCUCUUCUAAAUAUCUCAUAACUCACAACACAGGCAAGACAUAGGACAAAAAGAAAGCAUAGAUCCAUCUUUGCAGUGAGGAUACAGGAUAGCCACCACCAUGGAUAGCCCUCCGCUUUAUUCGUAUCAUAGAAUUUGCCAAACUCAUCCAUUUUGGGGAUGAGCACAAUGUUUGGUUGGAUGGCAAAUUCUUGAGUGAACAUUCAAAUCCUUAUAAAUAGAAAAACAUCUUAUUUUACCAGCUCCUUCUUUAAGAGAUGUGCUUUACACAUGUAGCUAACAUAGAAAUAUAUAUAUAUAUAUGAAGCAAUACUCGGCUGAUGACAGCAGUGACAGAUUAGAUUAGAGACGUCAGACUGAAAGUAACCACUGUCCACAGUUCUCCUCAAAUACCAAGUAAUAGAAACGUGUCAUUGUUCCAUGUGUGAAUGAAAUAGAAACGUUUCAGUACAUUGUGGCCUAUCUCACCCUGAAUGAAAAUGCAGUUAUCGUAUUUAAGUAAUAGUACAAAUGUAAUUUUACAUCGUUGAUACUUCCUUAUAUGCAGUUGCUGCCUCUGUUAGUUCUGCUACAGAAUUGCCUCCCAGAGGAUUUAGAAUGCCGGUGUUUUUAGAAAACAGUUGCUCUGAUGAAUGUAAUUGUUCCCUUCCCCAUAAUGACCAGCAAAGGCCAUAAUAACCAGCGAUAGCUACAUGUUUUAUAUUUUUUUUUAGCCAUGAAGUGAUGAUCUAACAGUUCUGGGGUUUCAAUAUCUGCUGUCUCAGCAUUUAAACAUUCAACACAUCCGUGCUAAGAACAUGAAUUUGUUAAGUUUACUGUGAAGGUAAAAAUUAUUCGUAAAUGGAAAGUAAAACAAACCUUGAAAAAAAUGUAGAAUACCAUAAAUGGUGCAUAGAACAGACUGGUUUGAAAUGUAACCAACUUCCAAAUAUCCAAUUUUGUCAUAGCCUGUUUUUGCUAAGUAGUUUUUACAAUAAGACAAGAAAAUAUAAAAUAAAGCUAACCUAAUAUUUUUCGAAAAGGGAAAAUCUGGAUUCUUCAGUGGGGAAAUAUCUCGAUCAAUGCUAUUUAUUUGAGAGCUCGUAAACAUUUAAAAUAUACAAACAUGUAGUCUGAUUUCUACUCUAUUUUCCUAUCAGUAUUAUAUUUAGUCCACCAAAUAUAAAUGACAACAUUUACUUCCUAGAAAAUCAAAUUGAAUAAUCCUAAAACCCCUGAAGAAGUGAGAAUCUGCUUGUCCGUGCUUUAUGAAAGGACCAUUUUCACUCUUUACACCUUUUGUAUCAUAUCCUUGGUUUCUCUUUAAACUGUACAUUAUGUAUAUGUGGAGACUGUAUCAUAGUUCAGAUAAAUAUAUAAUUUUGUA